AUGGCGUGGCGCAAUCAAGGCAUCACAGGCUCCAACAACAUCCCUCUUGGGAACCGCCGUCGAUUCGGAGACGGCAAUGGUGACUCGCAAAAUGGCAGCUCUGUGAAUUCUCCCUCGUAUGGAGAUUUGGGCAAGCGCGGGCGCAGUCCCACCAGAGCCGAACCUGCAGUCGACGGCGUGAAGAGGCGCAAGAAGCGUAACCGAUGGGGUGAAGCUGAUGAGAACAAGGCUGCAGGUCUUAUGGGCCUACCAACGAUGAUUCAGGCAAACAUGACCGCAGAACAGCUGGAAGCCUAUACACUACACCUUCGUAUUGAGGAAAUCAGCCAGAAGCUGCGCAUCAACGAUGUUGUUCCAGCGGAAGGAGACAGGUCACCAUCGCCUCCCCCGCAAUACGACAACUUUGGUCGUCGUGUGAACACUCGAGAGUUCCGUUAUCGAAAGCGCUUGGAGGAUGAACGCCAUAAGCUCAUUGAAAAAGCCAUGAAGACUAUCCCGAAUUAUCAUCCUCCAUCUGACUACAGGCGCCCUACCAAGACACAGGAAAAGGUCUAUGUACCGGUCAACGACUAUCCCGAGAUUAACUUUAUUGGAUUACUUAUUGGACCUCGUGGUAAUACGCUCAAGAAGAUGGAGACCGAAUCUGGAGCCAAAAUCGCUAUUCGAGGCAAAGGCUCGGUCAAGGAAGGAAAAGGACGAUCAGACGCAGCUCAUACCAGCAACCAAGAAGAAGACCUCCACUGUCUCAUCAUGGCAGAUACUGAAGAUAAGGUCAAUAAAGCCAAAGCUUUAAUCCACAACGUCAUCGAAACCGCCGCCUCCAUUCCUGAAGGCCAGAACGAACUCAAGAGAAAUCAACUUCGAGAACUUGCGGCUCUUAACGGAACCCUCCGUGAUGAUGAGAAUCAAGCAUGUCAGAAUUGUGGACAAAUCGGACAUCGCAAGUACGACUGCCCAGAACAACGUAAUUUCACGGCCAAUAUCAUCUGUCGAGUCUGCGGCAAUGCAGGACACAUGGCAAGGGAUUGUCCUGAUCGACAACGUGGUACUGAUGCUCGGAAUAAUGUUCCUGGAGGGUUCAAUGCACCACAGCGACGACUUGGUGGCGGUGAUGCUGUGGACCGAGAAAUGGAGAAUCUCAUGCAAGAACUAUCUGGCAACCCAUCUGGCAAUGGCCCAGUUGGCCGCAUCGAAGCUGGCCCUGGGGGCUACGAUCAAGGAGAUUCGUACGGCUCCGGCAGUGGCGGCGGCGGCGAUGCUCGACCUUGGGCACGCCAGCCUACUGGAGCACCUGCGCCGUGGCAGCGAGAUCGCCAAGAUCGAGGCUAUGACCAACGCGAAAGCGGCUCUUCAAAUCCUCCGUGGGCUUCACAAAACCGUGGCGUAGAAGACUCAUAUGGGGGUUAUGGCGGUGCACCAGGGCAAGAUUCAGCUGCUCCUCCAUGGCAGCAACACGCUCCCCCAGGUGGGCAAAGCUACAAUUAUGGUGGCUAUCAAGGUUAUGAUGCCCAAGCUGCGUACGGUGCACCUCCACCACCAGCUCCUCCAGGUCUCAGCUCUUUCUUGCAACAGUAUGGGGGCGCUCCACCUCCUCCACCUGACUUGCAUGCACCUCCUCCUCCUCCGGAUGCGCAACCACCACCACCACCCGGGAUGGGUGACUAUAUCCCACCUCCACCUCCUCCUGCCUAA